AUGUUUAUAAUUGUUCAAGUAAAUGAGGGUGCUAAAAUUAUAAACGGACCUUUAGUAAAAGAAGUAGAAGAAAGCAGUUUGUUUUCAACCUUAUUUGAUUCAAUAAUUUCUGAAAACUACUUUUACCAAAAUGUAUGUGUAGAAGUUAGAAAAACAGAAACUGGACCUUGGAUACCAGUGCAUGAAGGGUUGAAAG